UCUUCGCUUCCGGGUCAACGCAGGAUUCUCAUAACAAGCUAUCAGGCUAGGAGCUAGAGCAGUGUGUAGCCUCAUCCUCCGCCACUAAACGGACUACUUUCUCCUCCAGUCCUCCCAUCAUGUCGGACACGGAGACUAAACCGUCCAGCCACGACGGAGACGGAGGGGAUAAGAAGGAGGGAGAUUACAUCAAGCUGAAGGUCAUCGGACAGGACAACAGUGAAAUCCACUUCAAGGUGAAGAUGACCACGCAUCUAAAGAAGCUCAAGGAAUCCUACAGCCAGAGACAGGGAGUCCCUAUGAACACGCUACGGUUCCUCUUCGAAGGCCAGAGGAUCACAGACAACCAGACUCCUAAAGAGCUGGGGAUGGAAGAUGAAGACGUGAUUGAAGUGUAUCAAGAACAGACGGGCGGACUUUGUAACAACUGAAACCUCCACAGCAUAUUCAUAUUUUUUAUUUUAUUCUUUAUAUUUUUUAUUUUAGUGUUUGUUUUAUAUGGUUAUCUUACCCUUUCCUCUCAUUUCAAACCAUCUGGAUCCAAUGUGACGAGGCUAGGGGUGAAUUAAAGAAAAAGGAUGAAUUAAUUCAUUCGUUCAUUGGUUCAUCUCAGCUCCUGGACCUCGUAGAUUCAUCACCCUUUCAUUCGGCCUUCUGGAAUCAGAGGAGACAUCAGAAACAAAGUGAUAUUCUGGCCUCAUGAUCUUUGAGUUUCAACAUUAAAAAGCGGAAUGCACGGAGUCGGCCUCCAGCGCUGCCUGGCUCAGAGGCCCUAGGGCAGAGGGCUUCGCCCCCACGGCUUACCUCACAGCGCUGAUCAUGUUCCUACUACAUCCCAACUCAACCUCCCCUCACCAGAGACCAUCUGUGGUGAGACGGCGCCUAUUGAGCCAUUUUCUGAUUGGCUCGGAUUUCGUGCCAUGUCACUGCAGCCAAUCAGAAAGGCUCGUUGUACGAUCGGUGUUUGAGGUUUGAUUCCAGCGUUGACUUAUUUUAUGGAUGCAAAAAAACACUUCUCUGUACAUUUUACGCUUUGCUCCGACUCGUCAGUUCAGACAAAUUCUUGUACAAUUUCGCAAUCUGUUAUUGCAUUUUUUUUAAUAUAGAUGAUGAGUGUGGUGUGCUAAUACGUUUGUGUUCAUGAUAUUUGAGCAAAACGCCCCUAAUGUAUAUCUUAAAACAACCUCUUUUGUAACUUACUCUGAAGAGGCUUGCUCCAAAUUUAGGAAUCAUGAUUUAGGGGCCACUCACACUAGGGCCACGGCCCCGUGUGAAUCUUCCUGCAGCACGGAACAGGCCAACGACCCUAGUGUGAGUGGCCCCUUACAGUUUAGGGUUCUACGACAGAGGAACCAAACUCCAUGGCGUUCCGAACCGUCGUGGAGGUUUGGGGACUUUGCUUUGCAUUCAGAUUUUCUCAGGUUUUAUUAGGAUGAUUAUCGUUAUAAUUAUAAUCAUAAUUGUUAUCACAUGGGUGAAUCGCAUCAGGAGGAAGGGACCCCGGAUUGGGCAGCUUUUUCAAAGUACAGGUUCCCUACUCCCUACUCUUGCCUCAUAACCCCUAGCUCCUACUCCCUACUCCCUUACCCCCUAUUUCCUACUUGGGCCUCUUUAACUGGAACCCCCUUUUUAAAUAGCUGGGGAAAAGGUAUAAAGGGGUCAAACCGCCAGACGUCGAUCCAACCAGGCUUUAGUUUGGUUUUGGUUAUCUUUGAUUGAAACGUGAUAUUGUUCUUGGGUUUGAUUUUCUGAAGUGCCUGUUAGUGUUUAGGUACGACCCAUCUCCCACGCCGCCCCCUUCCUUACCUGUCCUACCCCAGCUGCCCCGUCCUACCCCAGCUGCCCCGUCCUACCCCGUCCUACCCCAGCCCAGCGGAGGUUCAGAAGUUAAGAGCCCCCCAAAGAGCCCCCCAAAGAGCCCCAGCAGCAGACCUGAGACCAGCCCAGCAUGAUGUAGUGUGGAGGUUCAACCGGUAGACCCCCAACGACCCCUAACUAGACUAGGGGGCGGGCAAAUUGAAGUCAGGGGGGGAUUUUGGUCCCUCCCUGAUAGCCAGUCGUCCAUCGUUCAGUGAAAGCAAAAUUUAAAAUUUAAUUGAGAGAUUUCGUCCAUUUCAAAUUGAGUUAUUGAUGUGUUUCAGGCGGUUUUGAUCGAUGUGUCCCCCCCCCCUUUAAAGUAGUAGGUCGGCCCGUGUUCGAACGGGCUGGGAGGCAUGGUCUUUCUCUGGUCCUCCCCUCAGCAGAGGGUUGAUGCAGAUGGUUUGAAAUGACGCCGGUUCUUUUGCCCUUUUUGAAUAAAAUGUUAAGAAAAAUUAACG